UUCUGUACGGAGUGUCAUCAAUGUAACACACGGUUUAUGCUAACCGCGGGCUUCAAUCUACAUACAGAGGAUCAGUCUUAAAAAACUAAUUUUCUGUCAUUUUACAUUUGACAAUAAUGAAAGUGUUUUGUAUUUGACAAACAGUACAAUCGUCAUGAAUCUUGACAGGCUUCGCAAAAGAGUGCGACACUACAUUGAUCAGCAACAGUAUCAAAGUGCUCUGUUCUGGGCUGACAAAGUAGCAUCCUUAUCACAUGAGGAUCCUCAAGACGUUUAUUGGUUAGCACAGUGCCUUUAUUUGACAGCACAGUAUCACAGAGCUUCUCAUGCGCUCAGAUCUCGCAAACUUGACAAGUUGUAUGGAGCCUGCCAGUAUCUAGCUGCAAGAUGUCACUAUGCUGCCAAAGAAUAUCAACAAGCUCUAGACAUACUGGACAUGGAAGAAGCAGCCAGCAAAAAAAUAUUGGAGAAGAAUGUGAAGGAGGAUAAUGGCUCAAGAGUAACCCUAAAGGAAUGGGAAAUGUCUCCUGCCUCAAUCAACAGUUCCAUCUGUCUCCUGCGGGGGAAGAUCUAUGAUGCCAUGGACAACAGACCCCUAGCCAUGUCUAGCUACAAAGAGGCCUUGAAACUGGAUGUCUACUGCUUUGAAGCCUUUGACCUUUUGACGUCCCAUCACAUGCUGACCGCCCAAGAGGAGAAAGAUUUCUUGGAUUCUCUGCCUUUAAGUCAACAGUGUACAGAAGAGGAAGUGGAAUUGCUGCAUUUCCUUUUUGAAAAUAAAUUAAAGAAGUAUAACAAACCUAGCGAGAUGGUGGUCCCAGAAAUAGUCAACGGUCUCCAGGACAACCUGGAUGUUGUCGUCUCCCUCGCAGAGCGACAUUAUUACAACUGUGACUUUAAAAUGUGCUACUCUCUUACAUCAAUGGUUAUGGUGAAAGACCCGUUUCAUGCUAACUGUUUACCAGUGCACAUAGGAACCCUUGUUGAGCUGAGCAAAGCAAAUGAGUUGUUUUACCUGUCUCAUAAACUGGUGGAUUUGUAUCCCAGCAAUCCAGUUUCGUGGUUUGCUGUUGGCUGUUACUACCUCAUGGUUGGGCAUAAAAACGAACACGCAAGGCGGUAUCUGAGUAAAGCCACCACGCUGGAGCGCACAUACGGACCGGCAUGGAUCGCAUACGGUCACUCGUUUGCUGUGGAGAGUGAACACGAUCAGGCCAUGGCUGCGUACUUCACUGCUGCCCAGCUCAUGAAAGGAUGUCACUUGCCCAUGCUGUACAUCGGUUUGGAGUAUGGACUCACUAACAACCCCAAGCUGGCAGAACGUUUCUUUAGCCAGGCCCUCAGCAUUGCGCCUGAGGACCCCUUUGUCAUACAUGAGGUAGCUGUGGUUGCUUUCCAAAAUGGAGAUUAUAAAACAGCUGAGAAGUUGUUUCUAGAUGCCAUGGAUAAGAUCAAGGCCAUUGGAAAUGAGGUGACGGUAGACAAAUGGGAGCCGCUCUUAAACAAUCUAGGUCAUGUCUGUCGAAAAUUGAAGAAAUAUGAACAGGCUCUCGAAUACCACAGGCAAGCUUUGGUCCUCAUCCCACAGAAUGCCUCCACUUACUCAGCCAUCGGUUAUGUGCACAGCCUCAUGGGAGAUUUUGAGAGUGCCAUUGACUACUUUCACACUGCACUUGGUCUUAAACGAGAUGACACAUUUUCCGUAACCAUGCUGGGUCACUGCAUUGAGAUGUAUAUCAGCGACUCGGAUGCUUACAUUGGAACUGAUAUUAAAGACAAAGUGAGAAAGACCCUCAGCACGCCUGCACUGAUGAAGAUGCUCAACACUUCUGCCGACGGCAAUGAGAGCAGAGCUCAACCCGUAGAAGAGGUGAACGUGUGCCUGGAAACACAGUCUUUCAGUGCUGAUAAACAAAACGAUGCUUUCCAGCGCUUCCUCUUAGAAUGUGACAUGCACGAGAGUGAUAUGAUGCUGGAGACGUCCAUGUCUGACACCAGUACGUGAUUGAGACCUAUAAAUGGGUCAAAAAGGAACUUUGAGCAUGCGAUGAUGAUAGAAGGUGACACUAAAGAGGACACAAAUAACCCACCCUCCCUCAACCCACCACCGGCCGUGUCCUGUGUGUCAGACCCCUGUGGAUUUUUUUUACUAUGAAUAAAUGUAAAGAAGUGAAUGCAAAAGGGUUCGAAUGAUUUAAUCAAUAAACCCUGCAUCCAUAUUUUUACACACA